AUGCCUGCCUCUUUUCGCCCUCAUGCUUCGAUCAGCAGCGCCCCGGACAGUCUGCGAAGCCAGCAAUUCCUAAUUCCUCCUAUGUCCCACAAGAGUGCUGAAGACAUUCCUUUCAAACCGGAUACAUCAGAUAAUAGCAGCUUGACUAUGAAGAGGAGGCGGAAUCAUCGACAUGGACGGCACGAUAAAUCCUGUCGGUAUACAAAUGCGGGUCACAAGAAGAAGGCCCGCGACUGCAGAAACCAAAUAUCUGGCAUGCGACAUCGCUCACAUCGCCUGCGCAAAACCCUCUCUCUUCCAUCAGUCCAACCCCGAUUUGACCUUGGAACGGUCGAGCUUCUUCAAAACCCCCAGCACAGAGCACGACGAUGGACAGUUCCUUCGAAAGCCUUAUCAACCCGAGGGCUCGCCACUCUUUUGCCAGUCGAUGCCACCGCAUCUACAGCUGAUCCGUCCUCCGCACUAAGAUUCGAUCCAAACCCGAGUCCAGCAAUGAUAACACUUCGUCGCGCCACCACUACAAGGUCGCGGAAACACAUGUCGCUCACAUCAUUCCCGCCACCCAAUUUCAGGCGGCAGGGUAGCGGGCUACUCUCGACAUUUUUGAAUACGCUUACUGGAUACGACGAAGCCGUCAGCCAUGCCGAUACAGAGAGAGAUCGGACGGGACAAGUCACGCAGAAGCCUCGAACAGCAUCCACAGUAAGCAAAGAAGAUAUUCGCCCUUCGACCAGCACCACUGCUCCACCUGUUCAAACCGAAGUCGUCACGGUAGAACCACGGCUAUCGUAUUCCGGACCAAAUCAGGCGGCCGAGCCCAUCCGCCGCUGCUCGACCCGCUACGUUUCGAACAAUGUGGUGUAUGAGAUUAUUUGGGAUGAGAAUUGUUCUUCGAGCAGCUCUGAUGGAGAGUUUUCUAAUUCCCAUGGGCAAGCAUCACUCUUACAGAGUCGCGAUCUCAUUGGGGAAGAGACCUUGGAACGACGGCUGUCGAAGGCUCUUUCCCAGUCAAGACGGGAUUCUCUGCAGCAAGACUGGAGGAACAAGGCAAGCAAUGUGCCUAGUAGGACGUUGUCUAUGCAAAGCGUGUGGACCAACCCCAAAAUUCCUCGGCUUUUUCGCGAACCAGCUUCUGCGAGUCUACCUCAUUCCAAGUCUUCUAAGUCUGGCAAGAUGUUUCCCCCUUCGUCAACAGACAUGGACAUAGACGUCGACCUGACGCGAGGAGCCUUUGUACGAGCAUCCACUCACGGUGUCGAGUUCUUCCCUCCACUUCGAAGUCGGGCUAACACAAACGGAAGCGGGAAUUUGAAGUCUCCGUGGACCACGGGGUUUGAGGAAAUUUGGGGAGCGGUUGAGCGACUAGAUCCGACUCCAUAUAAUCCGCUUGAAGAAGGCUCGGAAACAGAGGUAGAAUGGAGUCGUUGUGGGAGUAUGAUUAGGAUCAGUUCGCACACCAAGCGAAGGAGUGCGUCUGCUGAAGGUCAUCUGCAGAGACACUGGGCGAGGAGUCUCAAGUCUCGUAACAGAAGAGCGAGUGAAAGCAAAUAUUCGGACGACGAGAGGCUUCCUCUACUGCAGACGACUUGA